AAGGAACACACCCAGUCCCCAGGAGAACAUCAGGCUCAGGUGAAAACUCAGGCCUUGGGCACACAUCCGGCCUUAAGUGGACACCCAGGUCCCAGGUUGAUACCCAAGUCCCAGGUGAUCACCAGACUCCAGGUGGACACAAGGCCUUAGGUGAAUAACAAGACCCAGUAGGCCAUCAGGCCCCAGCUGGAUACAGUCCCCAGGUGAACACAAGGCCCCAAGAGGAACAUAGGCCCAAGGCAGACAUCAGGCCCUCCGUGGAUAUCAGGCCUGAGGAGGAUAUCCGGCCCCCGGUGAACAUCAGGCACAGGUGUCCAAGCAGGCCCUGGGUGGACAUAAUGGUGUCUAGGUAAGGAGGUGUCCUGGAGGGAGGGUGAGCAGUCAGCAGCCCAGUGGAGUCCUGAGGAGGUCUUAUGGAAGGAAGGGGCUGAGGGGACAGAACCUUAAAGAAGCGACCUCACUUCCUUAAUGACAGAGCCGAACAGAACUUAGAACUCUGGUAACCAGGCGCCCAGAUCCUAGAGUCAGCACUGUAACCAGCUCACUUGGUGGGAGACGCUGGAGACAGCAAGAUGUUCUCGUGUUGCUUCCCCACUUCGAGAGGCUGCUGCUUCAGGAAUGGAGGGAGUGAGAGCCUUUUCCGACGAUGCCGAAGAAGGCUCAUCCCUCACCCCAGAUGCCUGUGGCCCUUUGUAAGAAGGUGCACCCAGGUACCACAGGGCAGCCCGGGGCAGGCCCUAGCAGGCCAGGCCACACCAGAGAUCCCAUCGGGGCUGCAUCUGCACACUGCCCUCCUCCAGGAGGAGAUUCGGGAGCCCAUGGAGGCAGAGGCACACGCUCCUGCUCAAUAUGCAGAAAUAGAAGCAUUUCCAGCACCAGCUGUUGAGCCAGAACCAGCAUGGGAAGAGCCCCCUCCAGAGACAGCGCUGGAGGUGGAGGGAGCUCCAGCCAAGGACCAGCCCAGAGAGGAGUUGCCUGAAAUCACGGCACCUACUAUAGCCACUGGCCUUAGCCUUGCAGCUGAAAGGGUGGCUGGAGAGACAGGUGGCAGGGAGGGGGUGACCAGCACGGUCCCAGCCAGCAGCUCCCAUGCUGCCCCUAGUCCUGCAGGUGGCAAACAUGGAGGCGGAGACCAGGGUUUUGAGCCUGGGCUCCUCUACGUUGCUGGAGAGAGGCUUGUCUCAUUCACUAGAGCUGCAGUCCUGCUGCUGCAGGGCCUGUUUAUUCUACUGCUGCUGGUGGGGUCUAUCUGUGUGCAGGAGGUGCUUGAGGGCAUUAAAAGAAGGUUGGUUAGAAGAGUUCCAGCAGCUCCUCCUGCUCCCAGAGGCGGCCUCCUCCUCCAGGCACAGAUGUCUGUCUGCAGCUGGGCAUCCAGGCUGUUUGCCCCUGAUGUGCUGUCCAGGACAGGCUCUUAACAGGUAGGCAGAGGGUGAGGGGACCAGGAGGCAGCUCCAAAGGGUACAGCAAGCAAAGCUUUUAAAGACAGCACUUGUGCCCCAGGCUCUCUGUGCCACCACCUGCCCUAGCAUUUAUUAAUAGUGUUAGAAUUGCAAGUUGAUGAAACAAUAUUUCAAUAAAGUU